UGUCGUAAAAAAUGUUUUUGAAAAAUGUAAAAUUAGUGAUAUAUUACUCCAUUGUUUACGAGAUCUGCUGCGUCUCCUGCGGGAUUUUAAAGAUGGACACGGACUACGAAAACGUCAAACCGGACGCGAUGCGCUCAACCAGCGUUUCUAACUCUCGUAGUAAAGCAAGUUCGAAAAUAUAUAACGAAACGUUUGAAGCGUUAGCUAAAGUGUUCGACAGAUUCGUGAAGGCUCACGUCACGGAAAGCAGAGCGAAUCCGAAGUCGUAUUUGUCUUGGUUUAGCGAACUGUCGGAUUCGCAACUCGAGAAUAAGCGAGAUGGGUCAUCUCCUUUAAUACCAGCGAGGUUCUCGGAAUACCUUACGUUAUUUCGCGAUUUGGUAGAACGAAAAGGCGGAAUGGAGGGUUCUAAUACGAGAAAAACGCCAAGAGUUCAAACGAACGCUUCGCAGGAAGGAGAAUCAAGUGCUAAAUCGCGCGUACGAAGGCGCGACAAGGGCGUGAUGUACUUACCCGUCAGAGGAGGGGGCGGCUCCUCGUCUUCUUGCCCAUCGUACGCGGACACCGUAGCCUCCUCCCUCACCCAGAUGGCCUUCGCCUCGAUGGUCGUAACGGUCUUCAACGCCGUCGCCAACAUCGCCAACAACAUCAACAACAACAACCGCAACGACAACAUCAACAGCAACAGCAACAUCGACAGCAACAACGCGAACGUGGCGAGCAACAACAACAACGCGAACCAGGUGAACAUCAUCAUACCUCCGCCAAUCCCUCCCGGAAGAAGCCUCGAGUUCAAGCGGAAGCGGCAACAGAUUCUUAGACUCAAGAAGAUCAGCAAGAAACUUCUCGAGCUGCAGAAGGCCAGGGACCAGACUAAAAGCAGAAGUUCGAGGUCUGUUAAGGAGAAAAAUGGAAUUAUAAUUAAAGAUAUUGUUAAGCCUAUGCCGAAAACUUCCUCAAAAUCGGCUGGUUUAAGCAAACCUGUAGCUAGGCCUAAGACAACAGGUACCAUAAAUGUUUUGAAUGAGGCUGGGCCUGGGCCUAUGAAAAUUAAUUGUAGAUCUAGAAAAGCUUACGCAAGAGCAGCUCUCAACACCUUGCGGGCGGCUCAGGAGAUCUUAUCCAAUGCAAAUGUAAGGAGCAAUAAUGGACGCAUAGAUCCUGCAGAUAAGAACAUAAAACUUGCAGACAGUAAAAACGUAGAGAAGAAGAAUAACGUAGAAAUUGACAGUAUUUGGAAAGUAGUCAAUCUUCUUCGACAAACGUCAGUAUAUAAUUCCAGUACUAGACCGAAGUGGCAAGAUUUCAAAUCUAGUGUUACUAGGCCGAAGUGGCAAGAUUUUGGUAACCAAACCAACUCCAGUGAAACAGGAAUAAGGCGGCAAACCUUUAAUAACCAAAGAAAUAUCCUUGGCAGUGACUUACGACAAACGAAAACAUCUUACGGUAACGGGAAAACGACGAAUAAAUCCGUCAUCCAGAAAGCUAAGAGUAACGACACGGUCGAAUCCGCUCUACUAGACGUGUGCUCUCCGGCGCGUCACUUAUGUGACUCCCUCGACCCUCAGUCCACAAUCGACCCGAAUAUCGUCGACCAUUUAGUUCAGAUGGGAAGAUGGCGUGAUGCCGUGUUGGGCCGCCAGAGACCCUUCCAGGUACCAUCUGGAACCGUGACCCCUGGAUUUACCUGUCUCCAGGUGACUGCGGUCUGCCAGUCAUAGUUGAGGAAAGACUGGGGUUCACUUCCACUGGAAGUUUACGAGAUUCCACAAAUAAAAGGGGACGAAUGAAGAUGAGACUCUCUGUGUUUACAUACAUCCUCUUCUUGGUGUUGGCUGUGGGAAGCCUGGCAAGAUUUCGACAUAGAGAUGUGACUGAAAAUCGCCAUAUUACAUCAAG